AGACAGACCCACUUUAUCUACAAUACUUUGCAAAAUUUGGAUUUCCAUCAUCCUACUUCUUCUUCCCCCCACAUUUACUUUUAAUUAGUUUUUCCUCCCUGAACCACAUGGUGGCAUCAGAGCCCUUUAACUGCCAAACCCACAUUCCUGUAACUUGGGGAGGGGGGGGUAAUGUGCAUCAUUUUUUGCGCAUUACUUAUUCUCGAGUUCUUGGCCAUCCCAGCCUUCUCCUCCCUUCCUGGAUAAUUUAUGUUAAUAUAUUCUUCUCCCUGCAUGCCUCUUGACAGCCAGCUUCUUUUCAUGCAAGAGAACUCUUCAGAUAUUCUUUGGGACCCCAGAAGUGGGGGGAGGGGAAAAUCAGGAUUUCUACAAACAACAACCAAGAGGGAUUUUCCAUCUGAAAGUGACAUUGGUAUGUGGAUAUUUGUGUCCCAGUCUGCCCUCGUCUACAACAUAUUUUGUGCUGGCUGAUUGCCUCUUCCCACAGCCUUUCCGAAAAUAAAGUGACGUAUUUUAUUCAAAGGCUGAAGAAGCUCAGUGAUUCCCCACCUAGAAGGACUCCUUUCUGCUCAGAUUUUCUUGAAUCCUGUGCCAAAGUGAAGUCUGUGUUCUUUCACCUGAAGCUUGGAGAAAGCAAGUUUAGAACUGGAGGAACAUCGAAGGACUAUCAACUUCUGCAAAAGAGAUUCUCUCUCCAGGAAAUCAACUGAACUAAGUUCUGGACCUCCUAUACCAGCUUACCAAAAGUUCAUUGACUGGAGAUCUGUUGAUCCAUUUGAUACUGCAUUCCUAAAGGAUUAAAGAAUCCAUAAACAUACUGGAUACUCUUUAUUAGCUAAGAUUUUUAGCUGAUUCAAGUCCCUGGAUCUGAUUGUUGGGCCUUGCCCAUUGCUGACAUUCUAGAUCUAGUUCUCUUUAAGAUCUAUGGUUCUCUCUGUCAAGGCUUUUAUUCUCUUUAGUUGUAGCCUCACCUGUGAUUAGAGUUUAUUUCCCAGGUAGUGGACAGAGUGCUAUUUUCACAGGGCAGUCAAUAUGUUCAGCUGGAUGAAAAAGAACGAGAAGAAAACACCAGAAGUGAUCCGCACAGUUACUGAGGGCCUGAAAGACCUCUACAAGAGGAAGCUCCUUCCAGUGGAGGAAUUUUAUCGGUUCCAUGAUUUUCACUCACCAGCUCUGGAGGAUGCCGACUUUGACAACAAGCCCAUGGUACUGGUGGUGGGCCAGUACUCAACUGGGAAAACUACCUUCAUUAAAUACUUGCUGGAGCAAGAUAUCCCUGGAAGCCGCAUUGGACCUGAACCCACCACAGACUCUUUCAUUGCUGUCAUGCAUGGUGAAACGGAGGGGAUCAUACCAGGCAAUGCUCUUAUUGUGGACCCCAAAAAACCCUUCCGAAAACUCAAUCCUUUUGGAAACACUUUUCUCAACCGGUUUAUGUGUGCUCACUUGCCCAACCAGGUUCUUGAGAGCAUCAGCCUUAUAGACACUCCAGGAAUCCUGUCAGGUGCUAAGCAGCGUGUGAGCCGAGGCUAUGACUUCCCAGCAGUGCUUCAAUGGUUUGCUGAGCGCGUGGACCUCAUCAUCCUUCUUUUUGAUGCUCACAAGCUGGAGAUCUCAGAUGAGUUCUCAGAGGCCAUCCGGGCCCUCAAGGGCAACGAGGACAAGAUCCGGGUGGUCCUGAACAAGGCCGACAUGGUGGAGACACAGCAGCUGAUGCGGGUCUACGGCGCCCUGAUGUGGUCGCUGGGCAAAGUGUUCAACACGCCCGAGGUGCUGCGUGUCUACAUCGGGUCCUUCUGGUCGGAGCCACUGAUGAUCUCUGACAACCGACGGCUCUUUGAGCUUGAGGAGCAGGACUUGUUCACGGACAUCCAGAACCUGCCCCGAAAUUCUGCCCUGAGGAAGCUUAAUGAUCUGGUCAAGAGAGCCCGUUUGGUCAGGGUCCACGUCCACAUCAUUAGCCACCUAAAGAGGGAGAUGCCCUCUGUCUUUGGCAAGGAGAACAAGAAGAAACAGCUCAUCAACAAGCUGCCUGUCAUCUUUGCCAAGAUCCAGCUGGAGCACCAUAUUUCACCUGGCGAUUUCCCUGAUUGCAACAAGAUGCAGGAGUUGUUGAUGGUGCAUGACUUCACCAAAUUCCAUGGGCUGAAGCCCCGCAUGGUGGAGGCAUUGGAUGAGUUGCUAACACUAGACAUUGCCAAGUUGAUGCCCCUUUUGCGCCAGGAGGAGGUUGAAGUCCCAGAGCAAAUUGUCCAAGGUGGAGCCUUUGAUGGCACUCGCAAUGGUCCCUUUGUUGAGGGAGCAACCGAAGGGGCCUAUGAGGGUAUGGAUGAUGAUGAGUGGGUUGUGACCAAGGACAAGCCCAAGUAUGAUGAGAUUUUCUACAACCUCUCCCCAAUGGAUGGCAAGCUAAGUGGCACCAAGGCCAAGAAUUGGAUGGUCACCACCAAGCUGCCCAACUCAGUUCUCGGGAAGAUUUGGAAGUUGAGCGACGUUGACCGGGAUGGCAUGCUGGAUGAUGAGGAGUUUGCUCUGGCCAGCCACCUCAUUGAGGUCAAACUCGAGGGCCAUGGUCUGCCCUCUGACCUGCCCCGCCAUCUUGUUCCACCUUCCAAGCGUCGGCAGAAGGGCUCAGCUGAGUAAGCAGCUUCCUGAGUUUGUCCCCUUCUUAACACCAGGCUUGAACUGCUUCAGUAGGUGCUGGUUCUUCUCCAAUUUUCCUUGAAGCAAACUUUCAGGCUUGAAUUCCUUAUGAAGGCCUCAAUUUUACACAGCAGCCAUUUGGAAAACUGCUUUCUGCUCUACUCUUCAAACCAGGCUUCCAGCUCGAACUUCUCUGUCCCUUCCAGACUUUAAAUGACUCCUGUCCGCCUCAAAAAGCCUAAUUUCUUCAUGCAGAAUUAAGUCUGUUGAUCUCACAGUGUAGCUUUUUGUGUCCCUCUAACUGCCUAUGAUCCUAAAUAUCUAUAAUAUUAGACUUCUCACAAGGUCUUUUUUCUCAGAAACCAAACUCAGCUUCAUUUGCUUCAUGAACUACCCGAGUAAGAAUACUACUUCCUCCAUGCCUAGUUCCAAUGUUCCUUUGGGCCGCAGUCUGGCCCACAUCAGACCCACCUUAGGUUUUACUUCUCUUUAAUAAUUCACGGCCAGAUCUGCUAUCAACUUAGGCUCCAAAUGGCCUUGAUCUUCUAGCUUUCUUUAUCUCUGGUCUCACUAGAAAUGGUAAACAUCUUUUCUCUGUUCCACCUUGCCGUUGGCCACCUUUUGUCUAAAAACAUCUUAGUUGAUUGCUUCUCCUACAAUAAUCAGUUUUUGAUGGACUCUCUUCAGUCAAGUGAAGGAAGAAGGACAAAGGGAGACCAGAGAUAAAUGGCUGGAAGCUGUUCAUGGGUUGUUCGGAGCCACAAACAAAGCUGAUCACAGAAGCCUUUAUUGUGGUUGAGAAACAGACAUUCUUAAUCCAGUCUGUCCUUCACCCUGAAUCAGACAGGGGUGGAAGAAAUUUGUACUGCCUCCCCCCACAGUUCCCGUUAAUUAGAGGAGGUGAGGUAGGAUACAUGGUAAAAUCCCAACCUGACAUUCCCUAGGUUCAGAUCCCAUUGUGGUUUUCUAUUUGAUGUACCUAACCAGGCCUGUGGAUGAUUUUUUUCUGCCAUUCUUAAGCUAAUGUUAUUCCCCAUAUGGGUAAAGACUUGGGCAUUUGGGGAUAGCAAGGGCAAAUAACAGUCAUUAAAAAUGAUAAAGUGAUAAGAAACCCCUAAUUUCAAGAGACACUCAUAGAGCAGCAGAACCCACCAAUAAUGCCAAGCUGACAGUAAGGGCAGGAGUGGCUGGCAAGCAUGGGAAGUGACUCUGUGCUCCCGACAUCCUGACAACAGAUUUAGACCUGCUCCCUCCAGAUGGUUGAAUGACUUCAAGAAUUCCCAGCUCUGCUGGCUGGAAAUUCUAAGAUUUGUUGCCCAGCCUAACUGGAAGGCACCAAAUGGAGGAAGGUUGAGGGUGGGCCGGGGGUGUAGCACAGGUGGGGAUGGAAUGAGUUGCUCCUCCUUAAAGCAGAAGGUGUUCCAUAUUCUCCACUCCUCCUUCUGGGGUGGAAUUGGCAGAACAGAGUACCUGUAGAAGCCCUUUCCCAGAGCAAGAACAGCGGUGGUGAGAAGGCUGUAUUGUACACAAGAGGAUACUGCUGAAGCUCAAAGAUACUGAGACUGAACCGGGACCAGUCCUAGUAUUGGGCAAAGUGAUGAAACAAUCUCACAUCAGAUUUGUGAGUACCAUGGAGGGCAUCCACUUUCAAGGAGGCCUACAGAAUGGGUUGUUGGUGAACUUUCCUCCAAAUUCUUUUCUGCCUAUCACUGCAGCAGCUAGCUUGUACAACCAUGUGGCUUCCUUCCCCAACCCUAAAAUACUGCUGUGCCCCAGCAUUCAUGGGGUGGGACAGUAGAGACUUAUUCUGGAGAUCAAGUGAUCUUUUCCCUUUUUUCCUGGUAAGUGGCCAAGGAGAAGACAUGGCCCUUGUAGUCCAGGAGGAUCCAUCUAGUUGCAGGGGAUAAGCUAAUUGCUGUGGCUGAGCAAGUUGAAGAAGGGUCAGUGUCCAAAAUCAGUAGCUUUCAAACGGAAAGAAAGGCAGCAGAAAAUGAGAGGAAGCGGGGCGGGAAAAAAAUGAGAACCAUCUGCUUUGUUGGAAGGAAUAGCAGGAAAGGCAUGUUUCCCAAGAAUUUGGUACCGGGUUCUCUAUCCAGUGAGGAAACCAUAAUGUGAAAUCUGAACUUCACUUGUAGGAUAUAUCAGUAUUAGAGAGAUUCUGACAUUUCCCAGUAUUGGCUAGAAGCCAAUAUUUCAGGCUAGGAAGAUUUCAAGCUCCAUGUCACAAGAGAACAGCUGCCUCUCAACUACAUUCCAGGGGAUGUAUAUACAAAUAAUGUGUAGACCUUUUUUUUUUAAUGCCCUAGCAACAGGAAGCUUGAGUAGCCCAAAGCUGCAUAGCCAAAACCAAAACCUUGUGCUGCAUUUGCAUUCAUGCUAUUGAUCUCAAAUCAAGUUGGACUUUAAGUCCAAAGGCCAGUGGCUUUUAACACUCAAACCCUACCCCAUGGCAACCUGUCUUGCAAGAGUGAUGUUUUACAGCUGUCUUGCCAAUCAGGACAAGCAUGAAUCCCUUCUGGAGGAUCACAGGGUCUGGAAAGAUGCUAUCCUUUGGUGCUUGACCAACUGGAGAGCUCCAUUUGGUGUUGAGGAUAACUCUCUCCAUCUUGACCUCCUAUAUCCCUCUGCAGACGGGUGAAUAUCUUGCCCUGGGUGCUACCAAGAUGCUUCUUCAGAUCUGAGUGAGGACUGUACCAGACUAGGAUACCUACCCUAGUUUAAUACCAGAAUUACUAUUCUGGCUUCAUCCAAAGAACCCUGGGAAUUCUCUCUGCAAAGGAAGCCUCAAGCACAAAUGUGUCCAAUAGUGAAAAACUGGAGAGCUAUUGAACUAAAUAAGAAGCUGGUGUCUCUUUCUCAGGUUGGUAGCAACGCCCCGUGAUUCCUUGGAGGACUGUGAAACAAGACAGUGCAUUUUGAGGAAUCCCAUCUGUGAAUAUGCCAUGUGGCUGACAGAAUAACCUUAAACAGUGGAUGGCUGAUCUUUCAAUGUUAGGCUCCUGAAAUAACAAGGGAUUUUUAAUGGCCACUGGCUUUAUCCAGGUCUUUUCAAUAAUGGAAUAGAAGGCUUUAAAAAAAUAUUUUAAAAGUCUUCUAUACCAUUAUUAAAGACUCAACUCUGGUAUUGAAAGGUUGACCAUCCAGAUUUGUGGGCCCAUUCAAAUUAUUGGCUGAGCCACUGGGAUAGAACACAAUGUGUACGAUUAACCUGUUAAGAGUUAGAAUUGAAUAGAGAGAAAUAUUAACAAUCACAUCAUUUCUAUAAAAAAAAAAAAGGCUAAGGAAAAAAUCCACAUGUAUCUAGUGGCUAUAGGAUGUUGGAACAAGGUUUAGAGGAAGUCUCAAUUUCAGAUAUUGGUUCAAAGUGCCAAGUCAAAUCUUCAGCAUCCAAAUUUUUGUUACAUAUAUUUGUAUGCCUUUUCUUCAUCUUGCAUAGCUUUUUAGCUGUUUUUAUCAGGGGGGUAAAAAAGUAAAGAGGAAUGCUGGAAGUGAAAAACUUAAGGUUUCCAACCAUUUCUCUCAAAUCUUGAGAUCUAGCCACUUGCUUUAAAAGAACUGAAAAUCAGAUACUCAUGCAACUUGCAAGCUUAGUGUUGAUAGAGCACACACAGUAUCCAGUCCACAUUUGCUUUGUUAGCAAAUUUCCAGUACAAGGUUUGGUUCAGCUUCCAGCUGCCAUGAAGAUGAGUGUAUGAACAAUAGGUCAGGACCGCAUCCAAACCUGUUUUAUUCCACCCAUACCUGUUUUGUUUAAUUUCUUUUCGCUGUAGUUAAAUCUCACAUUUGAUCUGCUUCCUUUCCACCAUUCACCCUUCAAUUUUAUAAUGUAUUGCUACAGCAAAAAUGGCAUGCAUAUUAUUAUUUUUUCACACAUUGUAACACAAUUUUGUUGUAAUCUACCUAUCUUGCUUGGAAGUUGCCUUAGGGAUGACUUGAGGCUGUUUGGGAGAGUUUUUGGACCUUUGAGCAGAACUAAAGAACAAGGAAUAAAAAUGGAGCCUGUGUGGGGUUUUCAGGGUUGAGGCAUCUCUUGAGUUUCUUUAUUCCUGUAAACUCCCUUAAUCCACUGCACAGGCCGAGGUCCUAUAACCAGAGCUCAUUCCUAUUUUCUGCACCACCAGGUAAAAUUCAGACUCUUGCAGCCAAGAUCCCCAAGUACGCAACCAGAACAAUGAUGCAAAUUAUCUAUUCAAAACAUGAAUAUUCUUUUUUGUUUAUUUAGCUUUCCUGGGUCCUUCUGCUCCCAAAAGAUGCCCAGAGUUCCUAUUCUUGCAAACAGCAUCUCUCUCGCUUCUGAAGAGGUGGGGGCGAGAUCUGCACCCCCUUCUUUUGCACUGAGCUGCCCCAUUACUUGGGAUGCUGAGGGAGGAGGGCGCAGCUCCCCUCCAGAUGCUGAGAAAGCUUCAUUCCAGUUGGUGGGGCAGGAAUGGGGAGAGUCAAGGAAUCUGGCUUAACCACCUUUGGCUGAGAGUCCAGUUGCUUGUCUGCUGGAGCUCAGGAGUGCAGUCUGGGCCUUGUGAGCUGUUCCUUUGGCAUGGCUCUGCUAUUGUAACAAUAUUUCAGUUGGAAUAAAACUUGUAUUUACCAAUCUGAACCAUGCCUGGCUGUUCACAGUAUAUUAGUAUGUGCAGAGGUGCGUGGCUGCCUUCACAGAAACUGAAACUGACUACUGUAAUUUACCCAUUUUCUGAGAGUAUGCAAUACAACGUACCACAAACUUAAGAACCUGGCUAGGUUGAGACAACAUGUUCAGCUACAAGGCCCCCAACCCAGGUUAACGCUAUUAAGGGCUAUUUCAGAAAGCCUUUGGGGAUUGGUAAAUUCCCAUGCUGUAGUUGGGGGGGGGGGUUGCAGGGCGUCCAUGGGGAGAAAUCAUAAAAAUGAAGAUGAUGGCUGCAAACGUGCAAUCAAGCCACCAUCUUGACUUUUUUGACCCUUGCCUUGGGAGAACCCCCCGGUGAUUGGUUGUUGGUGAAAGGGUCAUUCCUCUGGUGAAUGUGAUUACUAUUACGAUUAUUGUUGCUUAUGGUCUAUGUGGUUUUUAAACAAAAUGUUCUAAUCUCUUGUUACUGUGUUGCCGUGUAAGCUGCUUAGAGUCGUCCAUGACUGAAGGGACCUGUAAAGCUAAGUAAAUAAAUAAGUGAAAUAAAUAAAAACAACCAACCUUG